CAGGGUCAGUAGCUAUUUCCUGGAGCAGGAGAACGGAAGUCGGUUUCGGCCUCAACGGUGAAGGCGGCUGCCAGCGUAAACUAGGAGCUGCGGUUCUUGAUCUUCCACAAUGGGUGAACCACAGCAAGUGAGUGCACUUCCACCGCCUCCAAUGCAAUACAUCAAGGAAUAUACAGAUGAAAACAUUCAGGAAGGCUUAGCUCCCAAGCCUCCCCCUCCAAUAAAAGACAGUUAUAUGAUGUUUGGCAACCAGUUCCAAUGUGAUGAUCUUAUCAUCCGCCCUUUGGAAAGUCAGGGCAUUGAACGGCUUCAUCCUAUGCAGUUCGAUCACAAGAAAGAACUGAGAAAACUCAAUAUGUCUAUCCUUAUUAAUUUCUUGGACCUUUUAGACAUAUUGAUAAGGAGCCCUGGGAGUAUAAAACGAGAAGAGAAACUAGAAGAUCUUAAGCUGCUUUUUGUACAUGUGCAUCAUCUUAUAAAUGAAUACCGACCCCACCAAGCAAGGGAGACCUUGAGAGUCAUGAUGGAGGUCCAGAAGCGUCAACGGCUUGAAACAGCUGAGAGGUUUCAGAAGCACCUGGAACGAGUAAUUGAGAUGAUUCAGAAUUGUUUGGCUUCUUUGCCUGAUGAUUUGCCCCAUUCAGAAGCAGGGAUGAGAGUAAAAACUGAACCAAUGGAUGCUGCUGAUAGCAGCAAUUGUACUGGACAGAAUGAACAACACAGAGAAAAUUCAGGUCAUAGGAGAGACCAGAUUAUAGAGAAAGAUGCUGCCUUGUGUGUUCUAAUUGAUGAAAUGAAUGAAAGACCGUGAAGGAUG